AUGAUGAUUUCGGGACAGGGGUUCUUCGAACUUGAAGCUUGCAGCUCAACGACCGAAGCCGUGAGAAAGCGCAUGGCCGUCACUGCUGCCUUUGCUUUUGACCACCCCGGCCCAGAUGUUGACCCUACUUACAACGACAGACAAUAUUAUAAGAUCGAGAUCAUGUGGACAAUCAACCAGGGUAUCAAUCGCCUAAACGGCCAACAACUUUCCACGGACGACAUUUCCAUGGACGACAUAGACGGAGAGCAUCCCGUUUGGUACCCGGAGGCCAUGACUAAACUGUUCCAAAUCCUCGAAGACAGAUUCCGCCUGUUAUUUGCCGAGGGUGAAGCCCUGAAGCCCUCGAGGCAUUACUCCCCAAUCCCUGGCUUAACUGGCCAGACUGUUGUCCGCCCUUUUUCUGGAUGGAAUUCCCGCCCUUUCCCUGCUAGACACCCGACCCUCUGCUUUGCGUUCCAUAACACUUUCUCUAUCACAUCUUCUUCAGCAAAGCUGUUGAACUAA